GAAGGCGUAGAGUAUCAGUCUUGUACCGUCUCUCACACUCAACAUGGCUUUUAAGGUAACGAUGGCUCUGGUGGUGAUGGUGGCAGCAGCAGCGACGGCAGCCCCACAGUACAGUUACGAGCCCCCCGCAGCGCCCUCCUCCCUGUACGAGACCCCAGCACAGAGCAUUGAGGAGCCAUUGCAGGAAUAUGGACCCCCCCUUGAGGCACAACCACAGAACCUAGUGCCCAAUGUGGUGACACCCCCCACCACCUCCGGCACCACCGCGAUGGCCGGCAUGCCCUACGACUUCCAGUGGGACAUACAGGACACAGACAGCGGCAACACCUUCAGCCACGUGGAGAACAGCGACGGACAGACCACGCAAGGAGAGUACCGCGUCCUGCUGCCUGAUGGUCGCACUCAGGUGGUCAAGUUCUUCGAUAACGGCGGAGGAUUCAACGCUGUGGUCACCUACGAGUAGAGAUCCACUCCUCCACUACCUCCACUACACUCCUCUCCUCUCCUCUCCUCACACCCUCACAUCCUCCCUCUUCCUCUUCUCCCAUUUCUCAUCUACUCUCUUUCCACACUGACUAUCUCCUUUUUCCUCUUUCCUUAUCCCACUACACUCCACUCCUCUCCUCUUCACAUCCUCCCUCUUUCUCUCUCCCUCAUUCCUGAUCCUUUCUCCUUCCACACUGCCUAGCUAUCUUCCCUUUCU